CAGAUUCGUUAAAAAUGAACCAUCAUAUCUUCAUGUGUGUAUAUAUAAAUAUAUAUAGUUAGCUUGGCCAUUAGUUACAAGAUAACUGCUCGGAAGAGAAGAGGACGAACAAAUUAAAUCAGCAGGAAGAAGAUCGAAGAAGAAGAAGAAGCAGUUGUGAUGCUGUCUCAUCAAUGGAAGGUCAAAGACUUCAUAAGGCGUUCUCCGACGUAUCAAUAGAAUUCAAUAGCUACAUGAACAUUAUUGAUGAAAUUGCACUGGCCAUACCGACAACCAGUACUGAUGAAGUAGAGGAAGUUUCAUGUGAAUGCUGCGGGCUCAAGGAGGACUGCACCAAACCCUACAUCCUCAAGAUCAAGGACGCUCACUCAGGAAGAUGGGUUUGUGGCCUUUGCUCCGAGGCUGUGAAGGAAAGGCUGACGAAGUUGUCACCGAGAUCGGCCAUCAAAGAAGCUCUGAGCUCUCACAUGGAGUUCUGCCUCAAGUUCAACAAUGCAACCAGACUAAACCCUAAGCUAUCCAUUACUUGUGCCAUGAAGGAAAUUGCGAAGAGGAGCUUGGAGCACCGGAACUCUGGGAAGCCGCCGGUGUCGAAUAAGAUUUACCGUACCACCAGCUGUGUCCCAAGGAUUGAUCAUUGACUCAAGAAAAGUAGUUAUACAAGGAACUGCAUUAAUUGGACUUAAUCAUGAUGUAAUUCAUAUCGUGUGCUAAGGUUAAUUAGUUCUGUUCUGCUUUUAUCCCUACCGUAUGAUCACAAAUGUAUAUUCUACGUGGUAUAUAUCGUAUACCUUUAAAUUGAGAGAAACAAAGGAAAAAAAUAAAUAAAUAAAAUAAUGGGUUGCAAUCGAA